GUUGCUUCUUCUCUGGUUAACGAUCACAAUCCAUUCAUUUCCUGUUUACGAGGAUUUGACUCUUUCCGAAUUGAACGCCGCCUCUUCCACCGAAACGAUCACACAUCCACAUCAUCGACAUCGAAAGCAUCAUCGACACCACAAAAAGCGGCGAAGUCUCUCGUCAAAAGAAGGCGAAGCGAAUAGAAAUAAGCGAAUAAUACAAAUCAAACCCUAUUGGCCGUGGCCU